AUGAUUCCGUUAAUUAAUAAUACUAUAACCACGACAAUUGCCGAUGAUGAUGAUUUAACUUUUGAUCAAACUGAUAUUGAUAAAUUAUGGAAUAAAAUUAAUCGUUCAGAUACUAAAUCAUUGUCAACUUAUAUUACAUUAUUUAAUAUUAUAUUUUCUUGUAUCGGUUCAUUGAGUAAUUUUAUGAGUGUCAUUGUUCUAUUAAAAUUAAGUUUUAAUUUAUCAACAUUUGUAUAUUUAACCGGAUUAACUGUUAGUGAUAUGAUAACAUGUUUUUCAAUAAUAAUGACACAAUUAGAUCCUUUAUUUACAUCAACAUUUUUAAAACCAUUACCAUUAUCAAAAUAUAUUGAAUUUUUUUUUGGUGCAGUAGCGGCUGGUUCACGUGUUUUAUCAUUAUGGAUAUCUGCCGCUGUAACAUGUGAUCGUUGGAUAUUAAUUUGUUAUCCUGUUAUGGGUAAACGAUUGUGUACUGUAACACGUGCACGUUUAGUAAUAAAAAUUCUUUUUCUAUCAGCGUUUAUCUAUAUUAUACCACUAAUAUUUGAAUAUAAAAUUCAUUAUGUUUCAGUUUUUAAUUUUACUCAACAAUAUAAUAAUAGUACUAAUCAACCAGAACAUCUUAUUAUAACAAAAAAAUUUACUAAAAUGGCAACAACAAAAGCUUAUCGAUGGACGUAUAUGUUUUUUAAUGCUAUUUUUGUUUAUACUGUUCCAACAGUGACAAUUAUUACAUUUAAUUUACAAUUAAUACGUGCAUUACAUAAACUAAAAGUACGUGCAAAAAAAUUAAGAAAAACAAGACAACAAUCAUCGUAUCAUGUUACAAUUAUGGUUAUUGCUAUGGUAUUUGCAUUACUCUUUUGUCGAAUACCAACUAUUGUUUUAUGGGGAUUAUGGUCAUUUGAAUCAAGUAUUACAUUAUUUUUUGACAAAAAUUCACAAUCAUUUGCUCGAACAUUUCAUGAAUUAGUCAAUUUAAUUGCUCUAAUAAAUGCUGCUACAAAUUUUAUUCCAUUUUGUAUAUUUGGUACAAUAUUUCGUAAAAAAUGUAUAAACGUUUACUGUUGUUGUUGUCGUCGUUUUAAAGAUGAAGAUGAUGUACAACAACAAUUACAACGGAAAAAAGUAUUAAAUAGAUCAAAACAAACUAAUAGUCAAAAUGAAAUUCAAAUGCAUUCAACAAUGACAAUGACAAUAACAAGUGAUAGUCGAAUGGGACAAAAUUCAACAAAAUUUAUAUCAGUGAAAUAUGAUCACGGUCUCGAUUCACCAUUAUUGGGAUGA